GUGUUGGUUCAAUCCGAUAAAAAACCCAACGGUGCCCUGAUUACAAUGAAGGCUUGUGUGGUCACGCGCUUCCGUCAAUUGAGUUAACAAUCCUCACAUCCCCUCCGCUCCAGUUUAGCUUCCCUCAUGCCGUUUACCUCUCCAACUGCAAAAGACCGAAUCAUACUCCUUCGUCUUUCCCUCUCUCCCUCUCAAAAACUCACGCGCGCAUACACACUCCGCCUCUCUUUCUAUAUGUACUAGUUUUAUUUUCUUUGAACCUCUAUUGCUUCCAUUCUUGGAUUCUUGUUUUUCUGUCUCUUUCAGUUCUUGGAUUCUUGGAUUCUUCCUUUUGCUUUCUUUGAUAUGGAUAAAGAGCCGUUACUUCCAUUUCAAAGUCCUCGAAGAAAAACGCCACCCCAUCUAGCAACACUGCUUUCCUCUCUGCCUGAGCAUGAUGAAGUUUCUCUCCCUCUCCCUAUUACUCCAUCAAACCUUAAAGAACGCCUUAUUUUUGGCCCUGCUGUCUCUUCUUCCCCUAGAGACACUUCUCCAAUUGUUGACGCUUUGACACUCUCUCAGCGCUCACCAAAAUCUUCGUCUUCCAAUCAAGAAUUUAGUGCAAUUAUCCCAGAAUCACUGCAACAGUCUUGGUUGAUUGACCCCAAUUAUUCAUGGAGAAAGACUAAUCUCCACAGGUCUAAAACAGCGCCAGCUAUGGCUGUGAUUAACGAUAGUAGCCAUCCUCCAUUAACCAAGCCUCCGUUUGGCGAGUCUCAAUCAAUAAUUCGGCAAGCUUUUAUUCUAUUGGUAUUAUAUUUGUCUUCUGGUGUGGUAAUAUAUUGGUUUAACCGUGAAAAUUUCGUUGCAAAUGAAACGCAUCCAGUUGUUGAUGCUUUGUAUUUUUGUAUUGUCACAAUGUGCACCAUCGGAUAUGGGGAUAUCACCCCAAAUAGCACUUCCACUAAAUUAUUUUCUAUAUUGUUUGUGUUGGUUGGAUUUGGAUUCAUUGAUAUUCUGCUUUCUGGGAUGGUAAGUUAUGUGCUUGAUUUGCAAGAGAAUUAUCUAUUGAGGAAUGUUCAGAGAGGAAACGACAGAGAUGCUGCCGGCUCUGUUAUAAUUGAUGUGAAGAAAGGGAGAAUGAGGAUAAGGAUGAAGGUCGCAUUGGCAUUAUGUGUAGUGGUUUUGUGUAUUGGAAUUGGUGUUGGCGUUAUGCAUUUUGUGGAGAGACUUGGCUGGUUAGAUUCACUGUAUCUCUCUGUUAUGUCAGUUACAACUGUUGGUUAUGGUGAUAGAGCAUUCACAUCAUUGCCAGGUCGUGUAUUUGCUUCCAUUUGGUUGCUUGUGUCUACACUUGCAGUGGCUCGAGCAUUUUUAUAUUUGGCUGAGGCAAGAGUGGAUAAACGGCAUAGGAGGAUGGCAAAAUGGGUACUUGGUCAAAACAUGACUGUUUCCGAGUUUCUUGCUGCAGAUAUUGACCAAAAUGGCUUUGUAAGUAAAUCAGAAUAUGUGAUAUACAAGCUCAAGGAGAUGGGAAAGGUUUCAGAUAAAGAUAUUUUGCAGAUAUGCCUGAAGUUUGACAAGCUAGAUAUAGGAAACUGUGGGAAGAUAAGUCUUGCUGAUCUGAUGGAAAGUAACCAUUGAUGCGCAAGUGCCCUCGAAAUAGUAUUCAGUGGUAAUACUGGAGCAUGAGAAUGUUACAGGACGAUGAAUUUAAGGACUAGUUAAGGUUCUAAUUCAAUAGACAAUGGUCUCUAAAAUGAAUUUUGGAACUGAAUAUCUGAUAUUCUUCGUCAUAUCCAUUCUGACCUAUCCAAUCAGUUUGGCAUCUUGUAAGAUGAAAGAACCUCAUAGACAGAAUACUUCAUAGUUCGGUUGCCUGUCAAAUUGCAGAAACCAGUCAAAUGCCAAAGGCUUUUGCAGUUUUCAGCAACUUGGCUAUCUAGCAAUCGUGAUACUGGUUGGUUGACAAAAAGGUUUCGAUGAAUGGAUCAUGCUCACUGGUCCUUAGCAUUGGGAUAUUGGAUUAACUCUUCAGCAGAUGCCAAGUGAUAAAGCUGAGUUAUUGUAUAAAUAUGCCUGUUCAUGUUUUGCUUGUGAAGUUCUCUGUGGCUUUACAGGAUGAAUAUAAAUUGCAUGAAAUGAAGGUGGGUUCUCCCUCACACAUAUAUAUAUAUAUAUAUAUGGGAUAUUUCCCUCA